CAUAUUACUUUGGUACUCUCUCAAGAUUCUCCCCUUAUUUAACCAUUUUUCAACAAUUCUCGUUCCCUUCUAACUCUGUACAGGGGAAGGAGAUAGAAAUAGAUUAAAUAGGACCAAAUUCUCCUGAAGAUGUUGUUUUCAGAUGUGGGCUCGGUUCUUGAUGUUGAUUACAGGAUUUCAGGUUGAAAAAAAUAAAAAAAUGAUGUCUUGAAUCCUCUGAUAUCUGUAAGAUUGUAGAUCUUACGCGUUUAGUAGAAGUCUGUUCUUUCUGCGUUUUUUGUUUUUCCUUCCGCUGUGGUGGGACUUAGUCAAAUUGAUUUUGAUGUGGUAGUCUCGGAGUGGAAAUUCAUAAUUUAUGAGAAAAGGUCCAAAGUUGCUAUCUUGUUGCUUGUUGGAAUCCAUGAGCUUGAAGUUGCAGAAAUUUCCAUGAAAACUAUUAAUUCUGAGAUUGUAAAGGGAAGGGCUCCUAGAUUCUAAGCUCUCUCUUGGAGACAGUGUUUUCUGUCAAAUAAUCAGAUAUUGCUUUUGUAAAGCCAUGAAUCUGGCUUCGCCAAGAAAAGGGUUUUCAACAAUGGAUGUAUUUCCACGGUCGAUUUUCUCCAUUGCAGUUGCAGGGGGAGGAUUAGCUCUGUUCAUCAUUUUUGCUUCAUGGGUUCUUAUUUCACAUCCUAUUGGUUACACUUACACUGUUCAAGGUUUUCUUCUUGGGAUUGAAAAUUCCAGGAAAUAUUUAAUGCCUGGUGACAACGGUUCUGAGCUUGUGCUUCCACAGCCUCAAACUUUACAAGAUGGUGGUCAUGAUUUGGCUGUUCAGAGACCCUCUUCUGUAGCUGAUGUUGUAGUAACUAAGGAUUUGAUUCGAAAGGUUCCAGAUGUACCUUCUGAUUCAAAACGAGGAGCAGAGCCUUUCAGUCCUUCUGUUUCUCCCAGUGCUCCGAAGGCCAAGAAGGUUGAUCAGAAAACAGCACCAGUUCCCUCAUUGGCUUCUCAUUCGAGUCGAGAACCAAAUAAGCCCAUUAAUGUUUCAGUUCCUCCGAAGGUUUUGGGGGCUAUGGAGAAGCCUCAACCGCCAAUUUCAGGUUUGUCUAAUACAUCAAAGAGUCUUGCCCAGGAGGCAAAUGGUAGUUCCUUGGCGGCUUCUCUUAAUUUGUCGGAUGGCAAGUUGGAUUCUUCUUCAAAUUCCACGGAAGUGACCUCGCCUUCUUCACCUCUUUUGACGAGCAAGUCUAGCAAAAUUGAUUCAAUUUCUUCAGAGAUCUGCGACCUAUACAAGGGAAAAUGGGUCUACGAUUCAGCUGGGCCAUUAUACACAAACAAUACAUGCCCUGUUCUAACACAAAUGCAGAAUUGUCAGGGCAACGGAAGGCCCGACAAAGACUAUGAGAACUGGCGAUGGAGACCAUCUCAGUGUGACCUCCCACGGUUCAAUGGAACGAAAUUCCUUGAGUUGAUGAGAGGGAAGACAUUAGCAUUUAUUGGUGAUUCAGUUGCCCGGAACCAAAUGGAGUCCAUGUUGUGCAUUCUCUGGCAGGUGGAAGUUCCUAAAAACCGUGGAAACAAGAGAAUGCAACGCUGGUACUUCAGAUCGACUUCUGUGAUGAUUGUUAGAAUAUGGUCAUCAUGGCUCGUCCAUAAGACACCACAGGCAUUUGAUUUUGCUCCAGAGGGAGUGACCAAGCUCCACCUCGAUAAACCUGAUGAGGACUUCAUGGAGUACCUUCCAAGUUUUGAUGUGGUAGUUCUUUCUUCUGGGCAUUGGUUUGCGAAGCAAUCUGUAUACAUCAACAACAAUGAGAUUGUCGGAGGACAGCUGUGGUGGCCUGAUAAUUCCCUCCCAAGGAAGAUAAACAAUAUUGAAGCUUUUGGGAUCUCUGUUGAGGCAAUUCUUACUGCUAUUGCGACCCACCCCUCUUACACAGGCCUGGUCAUUGUUCGUUCCUAUUCGCCUGAUCAUUACGAAGGUGGUGCCUGGAAUACUGGUGGAUCGUGUACAGGGAAGGUAAAGCCUGCCUCAGACAGUGAGCUGGUGCCCAGUGGGUUUACGGAUGCAAUGCAUGAGAAACAAGUGAUGGGAUUCAAUAAUGCAGUCAAGAGGCAGACUAACAAAUCAAAGUUAAGGCUAAUGGACAUAACGAAAGUAUUUGGCUACCGGCAUGAUGGCCAUCCAGGACCAUAUCGAAGUCCAGACCCAAAUAAGAUCACCAAGCGUGGUCCUAAUGGACAGCCUCCGCCGCAAGAUUGCUUGCAUUGGUGUAUGCCAGGCCCGGUCGAUACAUGGAAUGAGCUUGUGCUUGAGAACAUAAGAAGAGAAUUUGAGGCAGAUGACAAGGCCCCUGUAUGACACAGGCAGUUAUAAGUCGACUUGGUCAAUCUGCUGUUCCCAUAAGUUGUAAUUGUAUACAUGUAAAUGUAUUCAUUGUCACAGGGCAAGAAUAUUUGUCUAGGAGCUUUAGGAAAUUCCUUUUCAACUGAUCUAGGUAAACUUUUUAUAGGUUGAGGGAAUUGAGAGAAAAUUUGAAUCA